ACAGGGGCUGCCCUAACCUGUCAGACAGGGUCCUACGGUAGAGAGGCUGCGGUAGAGAGGCUGUCCUCACCUGUGCCUGUCAGGGUCCACAGGGUCCUACAGGGUCCUACGGUAGAGAGGCUGUCCUCACCUGUGCCUGUCAGACAGGGUCCUACGGUAGAGAGGCUGUCCUCACCUGUGCCUGUCAGACAGGGUCCUACGGUAGAAAGGCUGUCCUCACCUGUGCCUGUCAGACAGGGUCCUACGGUAGAGAGGCUGUCCUCACCUGUGCCUGUCAGACAGGGUCCUACGGUAGAGAGGCUGUCCUCACCUGUGCCUGUCAGACAGGGUCCUACGGUAGAGAGGCUGUCCUCACCUGUGCCUGUCAGACAGGGCUGUCCUCACCACCUGUCAGACAGGGUCCCUGUCAGACAGGGUCCGACGGUUAAAAGGCUGUCCUCACCUGUGCCUGUCAGACAGGGGUCCUCACCUGUGAGAGGGCUGUGUCAGACAGGGUCCUACGGUAAAAAGGCCUCACCUGUGCCUGUCAGACAGAGUCUUAUGGGUUAUGGGGCUGUCUGCCUGUCAGAGGGCACAGAGGCUGUCCUCACCUGUGCCUUUCAGACAGGGUCCUACGUGCUGUCCCUCUCCACUGACUGCUGUCUUCGUGCCCUGGGGUCCUACAGGCACUGCCUGGACGCCCGAGACCCCUACUGUGGCUGGGACCGUAAGCAGAAGCGUUGCACCACCAUCGAGGACAGUUCCAACAUGAGCCAGUGGAGCCAGAAUAUCACUGAGUGCCCGGUAAGGAACCUGACCCAGGACGGUGGCUUCAGCCCCUGGGCGCCAUGGCAACCCUGUAACCAUGACGACAGGGAGGGAGCCAGCACCAGUUGCGCGUGUCGCUCACGCUCUUGUAACAGUCCAGUCCCUCAGUGUGGAGGCUCCAACUGCAAGGGCCCCACCAUCCAGGUGGCCAACUGUUCCAGGAACGGAGGCUGGACCCCCUGGUCCACCUGGGGUCAGUGCAGCACCAGCUGUGGCAUCGGGUACGAGGUGCGCCAGCGCUCCUGCAACAACCCCUCCCCCCGGCAUGGGGGGCGUGUCUGUGUGGGACAAGGCCGAGACGAGAGGCUGUGCAAUGAGAAGAGCCCAUGUCCCCUGCCUGUGUUCUGGUCGUCUUGGGGCUCCUGGUCUCAGUGCAGUGCAGAAUGUGGAGGAGGGGUCCAUUCCCGGGUCAGGAGCUGUGAGAAGGGGAACACCUGCCCAGGAUGUGCUCUGGAGUACAAGACCUGUAACCUGGAGGCGUGUCCGGAGGUCCGUCGCAACACCCCCUGGACCCCCUGGAUGCCGGUGAAUGUGACCCAGGACGGGGCCCGCCAGGAGCAGAGGACCCGCUACACCUGCAGGGCCCUCCUUCCAGACCCUCAUCAGCUGCAGCUGGGCAAGAAGAAGGUGGAGACCCGCGUCUGCCCCAACGACGGCACCGCCGCCUGUGAGACUGAAGCUCUGGUUGAAGACUUGGUCAGAGCCAGUGGAGGAGGCAGACUAGUGGGAGACAUCUGGCCGACAGUACCAGGGGCAGGACUGCAACUCCCAGCCCUGCCCAGGUGGUACCAGGACUGGGAACUCCCAGCCCUGCUCCCAGGUGCCAAAGACACUCCGACGCAAGCCAGUGCCUGUAGUGGAUCCCCAGUGGAGUACCAGGACUACAACUCCCAGCCCUGCCCAGACACUGACUACUCCAGUGCCUGUAGUGGAUCCCCAGUGGAGUACCAGGACUACAACUCCCAGCCCUGCCCAGUGAAAGGAACCUGGUCGUGCUGGGCAUCAUGGUCUCACUGCUCUGCCACCUGUGGAGGUGGGCACUACCAGCGUACCCGUACCUGUAGCAACCCUCCCCCCGCCAACGGAGGUGACAUCUGCAUCGGCCUGCACACUGAAGAGGCCCUGUGCAACACACACACCUGUGAAGGUGGCUGGCUGCCGUGGUCAGAGUGGGAGUGUGACGAGGACGGGCUGCAGCGUCGCAGCAGGGAGUGUGGGGAACGGGAGGCAGACCCCAGCCUGUGUCAGGGCAAUGCCACCGCGAGCAGGCCCUGCCAGCCCCCCGAGGUGCCAGUCGUUCUGCCUGGACAGGAUAACGAUCAGCGCUGUGGGGCCUUCUCUCUGUUCCACCUGAUGGCCACGGGAGCGUUGUGUUUCUUUGCAGCGGUGGGGCUGUCGGUCCUGGUCUACGCCUACUGCCAACGACUCCACAAGCCCUCCCAGGAGUCAGCCGUCAUCCACCCCACCACGCCCAACCACCUCAGCUAUAAGGGCAACACGACGCCAAAGAACGAGAAGUACACCCCCAUGGAGUUCAAGACGCUGAACAAGAACAACCUUCUCCCGGACGAGAGCUGCAACUUCUUCCCCUCGUCCCUCUCGCCCCUCCCCUCCCUCCCCCAGAAUAACGUUUACACCACCACCUACUACCCAGCACCCCUGGGCAAAUACGACCACCCCUUCCACCCCGACUCACCUUGCAGGAACUAUAUGCACCACAGUUGAGACAGGACCCCCCUCCAACUCUCUUCUCUAUGGGAAGUUGGAAACACUCCUGCACCCCAGACCCUUCCCCAUUUCCUAUCCUCUCUCCUCUCCUCUAUUGAGUGUGUACUUUGCUACAGUGAGGGGGAGCUGUGUUAACGACCGGGCAGACCCUUGAACGGGGUGUGUCCUCUCAAGGUCCGAACCAUGCACGUUCUUCUCCAUCACCAGUGCGGGCGGAGGUUGAACUGUCCCUGUCAACCAACAGGAGAAUCAUUUCGUAUCAUUGUGACUGUUCAGUUGAUAUGACUGUUUUAUGACGUUGUUUUUCUACUCUACUGUGCAGUACAGCAACUCAUCUCAAGAUGAGGAAGUAGACUGGACCAUGUGGAAUGCUGGGAGUUGGAGUCUUAUGAGGGAGCUGGGCUGUAGCAGCCUUAUGGUUCAGUAUGGAGAUUCACUACUGGUGGAAUCUGUUCUAAAACAACACUGUUAAAAGUCUCCUGUAAAACCCUACGGUAUCAGAUCACGUAUAUCACAAAAACCCACAGACUUCACAUUUGAUCUGAGGAGAAUAUAAGACAUUGUGGCUGGUUUGUAUUCGAUAUAGAUGGCAAAGUCAACCGUUCCCAAAGGAUACCGUACUGGAAUAUGCUGACCAAGACACCUUCCAGCUCUAAAAACCGGCUUUAUGAUGGUGAAAAUGCAGAACUCAAUGACACUGACAGUAUGGGCACGUUUGUCAUGCUUCUGCUCACCAACUUAUUUCUCCUGUCUGUUUGGACACGCUGCAUCAGAUUAGCCUCAUGGUCAGGUGCUCCCGCAGUGUGGACUAACAGAGAGGGGAAGAGAGUGAGGGGCUGGUACUGCUUUCAUCUGAGCAGCACAAGGACUCCUGGAUCAUGUCCCAAAUGGCACCCUAUUCCCUAUAUAGUGCACUACUUUUGAUUAGAGCCCAAUUGGCCUUGGUUGUAAGGAGUGCACUAUGUAGGGAAUAGGGAGCCAAAUGGGACGUGACCAAGGCAUCUGAAGGGGUUUAUAAUCCUGUAACUACCUGCACCGACACCCAAAAAUGACAAUGGCGGCGAUUCAGAGUCGAUGUAAAAGGAGCAAUUUUGAGAAAAAACAUGUAUUUUGAACAACCCAGAUACUCAGCUAAGGCUCAGCGAUCCUGUCUCACCACCCUCAUCCCUUCAAAUGGAUAGCUGUCUCACUACCCUCAUCCCUUCAAAUGGAUAGCUGUCUCACCACCCUCAUCCCUUCAAAUGGAUAGCUGUCUCACCACCCUCAUCCCUUCAAAUGGUUAGCUGUCUCACCACCCUCAUCCCUUCAAAUGGUUAGCUGUCUCACCACCCUCAUCCCUUCAAAUUGAUAGCUGUCUCACCACCCUCAUCCCUUCAAAUGGAUAGCUGUCUCACCACCCUCAUCCCUUCAAAUUGAUAGCUGUCUCACCACCCUCAUCCCUUCAAAUGGAUAGCUGUCUCACCACCCUCAUCCCUUCAAAUGGAUAGCUGUCUCACCACCCUCAUCCCUUCAAAUGGAUAGCUGUCUCACCACCCUCAUCCCUUCAAAUGGAUCGCUGUCUCACCACCCUCAUCCCUUCAAAUGGAUAGCUGUCUCACCACCCUCAUCCCUUCAAAUGGAUAGCUGUCUCACCACCCUCAUCCCUUCAAAUAGAUAAAAGGAUGCAUCAACUUGGAAAUGUGGGAAAAUGAUCUGUAUACCAAACCUUGACGUGAAGCAUGAUGAAUACAGUUAGUGUGUAAUGGCACUGUUUCUUCAACAUGCUACAGGAAAAUGUGUUUGUCAUGUUGGUAUGAUGAAAUGUGUAUUGAAUGGUGGCAGAUAAGGUCAUCACCUGGAUUACAAUACUGGAUCACUCAGCACCUCCUCCACUAGAUCACAAUACUGGAUCACUCAGCACCUCCUCCACUAGAUCACAAUACUGGA